AUGGAAAGUGUGCUGCAGAGUAUCUUCACUCUUAUAAAUGCAGAAUUCAUAAUUGGGAACUUGAGCAAUGGAUUCAUAGUACUCAUAAACUGCAUUGAAUGGGUCAGUAAAAGACAGUUGUCCCCAGUUGAUCAAAUCCUCAUUAUCUUGGCAAUCUCCAGAAUUGGGCUGAUCUGGGAAACUUUAAUAAGUCAGUUUGUAUUUCUGCAUCAUCCAGCUACAUUUGUGACUGGAACAGGAUUAAGAAGUAUUAUUUUUAGCUGGACAGUUUCUAAUCACUUCAGUCUCUGGCUUGCUACAAUCCUCAGCAUCUUUUAUUUGCUCAGAAUCGCCAGUUUCUCUAGCCCUGCUUUUCUCUAUUUGAAGUGGAGAGUAAAUAAAGUGAUUCUGAUGAUUCUGCUAGGAACUUUGGUCUUCUUAUUUUUAAAUCUGUUAAAAAUAAACAUUCAUUUUAAAGAAUGGCUGUAUCGAUGUGAAGGAAACACAUCUUGGAAUUUCAGUAUGAGUGACUUUGCAACAUUUUCAGUGUCGGUCAAAUUCACUACGACUAUGUUCAGUCUAACACCAUUUACUGUGGCCCUCAUCUCUUUUCUCCUGUUGAUUUUCUCCCUGUGGAAACAUCUCCAGAAAAUGCAGCUGAAUUACAAAGAGCAGAGAGACCCCAGGACCAAGGUCCACAUAAAUGCCUUGAAAAUUGUGAUCUCAUUCCUUUUACUCUAUGCCAGUUUCUGUCUAUCUAUACUCAUAUCAUGGAUUUCUGACCUGUAUCACAACAAACUGGUUGAGAUGCUUUGUCAGGCGAUUGGAGCUUUCUAUCCUUCAUGUCACUCCCUUCUUCUGAUUCUAGGAAACCCUAAGUUAAGACAGGCCUCUCUUUCGGUGGCAGCUAAGGUAUGGGCUAAAUGA